GUCGAGCCGCUGAGGGCGCCCGGCCAGGCCGGGGCGCGCGCCCUCAUCCUCUCGCCCACCCGUGAGCUGGCCCUGCAGACCCUGAAGUUCACCAAGGAGCUGGGCAAGUUCACAGGCUUGAAGACAGCUCUGAUCCUGGGAGGAGACAAGAUGGAGGACCAGUUCGCUGCCCUGCAUGAGAAUCCCGACAUAAUCAUCGCCACCCCCGGGCGCCUGGUGCACGUGGCGGUGGAGAUGAAACUGAAGCUGCACACCGUGGAGUACGUGGUGUUCGACGAGGCUGACAGGCUCUUUGAGAUGGGCUUUGCCGAGCAGCUCCAGGAGAUCAUCGCCCGGCUCCCGGACUGCCACCAGACCGUCCUCUUCUCCGCCACGCUGCCCAAGCUGCUCGUCGAGUUUGCCCGGGCCGGUCUCACUGAGCCGAUGCUAAUCCGUCUGGAUGUGGAGUCCAAGCUCAGUGAGCAGCUCAAGCUGGCUUUCUUCCACGUGCGCGGGGAUGACAAACCGGCCGUGCUGCUCCACCUGCUCCGGAGCGUGGUGAAGCCCCAGGACCAGACGGUCGUCUUCGUGGCCACCAAGCACCACACAGAGUAUCUCAAGGAGCUGCUGACGGCCCAGGGCAUCCGCUGCACACACAUCUACAGCUCACUGGACCAGACCGCCCGCAAGAUCAACAUCGCCAAGUUUGCCCAGGGCAAGUGCCCAGUGCUGCUGGUCACCGACGUGGCUGCCCGCGGGCUUGACAUCCCCAUGCUGGACAAUGUCAUCAACUACAGCUUCCCCGCCAAGGCCAAGCUGUUCCUGCAUCGCGUUGGUCGUGUGGCCCGCGCUGGCCGGAGUGGCACUGCCUACUCGCUGGUGGCUCCCGAUGAGAUGCCCUAUGUCUUCGACCUCCACCUCUUCCUGGGGCACCCGCUCGUCCUCGCCGGUGCCCAGGAGAUGCCCGCUGAUGCCGGUGGGGUCCUGGGCCGUGUCCCCCAAAGCCUGGUGGACGACGAGGAGUGCCUGCUGCUGACAGACCAUGAGGGCUCGCUGGAGCUGCGGAGCCUGCGCCGUGUCGCCGACAACGCCCACAAGCAGUACCUGCGGUCCCGGCCUGGCCCCUCGCCUGAGUCCAUCAAGAGGGCGAAGGACCUGGACGUGUCCCAGCUGGGCAUGCACCCGCUCUUCAGUGCUCGCUUCGAAGACACUGAGCUGGAGAGGCUGAAGUUUGUGGACAGCAUUAAAACCUACAAGUCCAAGGCGACCAUCUUCGAGAUCAACGCCACGUCCCGGACGCUGGCCAGCACCGUGAUGCGGUCGAAGCGGCGCCACGACCAUGCCCUCAUCGAGAAGUACCAGCGCGGGCAGCAGGAGAAGCGGGCAGCAGCUCUCAAAGGGCAGGGGCUGUGCCCGGCCCCCGCCAGGCCCAAGGAAGGAGGAGGAGAAGGAGAGGAGGAAAACCUCCAGGUAACAUGGCAGGGAUAAGGAGUUUGCUGUGGCCGCCGGAGCUGCUGCAAGGCAGCCUCGGGCAGGUGCUGGCAGCACUGGGGCCCCCAGGCUGUGCCAGGGGUUGGGGGGGCCACUGCAAGCGAGGGGGGGCUGAGCGUGGGCGGUGAGGGCAGUGCCUUCGAGCAGCAGGCGGCCGGAGCCGUCCUGGAUCUUAUGGGUGAUGAAAACCACAACCUCAACAAGAGCAAGCAGCUGCUGAAGUGGGACCGCAAGAAGAAGCGGUUCGUGGGGCAGACGGGCCAGGAGGACAAGAAGAAGGUGCGGACGGAGAGUGGGCGCUACAUCAGCAGCUCCUACAAGAACAACCUCUAUGAAAAAUGGAAGCAGAAAUACAAGGUUGAUGAGCGGGACGAGGAUGAAGACGACGGAGGAGGCAGGGAGCAGUUCAGAGGGAAGCGCAGGCAUGGGCACGGGCCCGGGCAGCCCCCCGCCCGGGGCAGGGUGCGCUCGGAGCUGAAGAACAAGCAGCAGAUCCUGAAGCAGCGCAAGAAGGCGGCCAAGCAGCGCUUCCUGCAGAGCGGGGGGCUGAAGCGCCUGAAGGCCAGGAACCGGCAGCGGGUGCAGGAGCUGCGGCAGAUGGCCUUCGGCCGGCACAGCGGCUUCCCCCGCGCCUGGGCUGGGUGCUGGGGAAAGAGACAUUAA